CUUGGUUGCUAAGCAACAACAUUUACUUCCCUUCCAUCAUCAUUAUAAUCUUGUGUAUAAAUGCGUGUGUUGAAGCUGACAUUUCAUCUUCUCUUUCUUUUCUCUCUUUUCUCUCUUUGCCUUCUCCCUUCUACUCACUCAGUUAACCUCCAUCUUUACUGUCUCUUCAACACAAACAACUAACCUCAAUCUCUCUCACUUUUUGUGCUCAUUUCCUUUUUUAUCUUGAACCUUUUUCAUCAUCAUCAUCAUCAUUGCAUUAACUGUGAGAGAACAAUAAAUGAAUGAGUGAAAGGGAGCAAAGAAGAUAGAAGAGAAAGAGAGAGAAAGACAAGUUUUAGUGAAGAGGAUUGUGAAAGAUAUAAAAACUUACAGCGAGAGAGAGCAGUAGGGAGCAAUGGACCAAUGAGAGAAGCGAAAGAUGAUGAAGAGAUGAUGAUCGAAAAAAACCUUUUCUUUCCUCUUCUUCUCUAUCUUUCAUUGAUCUCUUCUCUCCGCUUUUUCUCGCUCUUUUGCCUUUUCUCUUCAUUUUCUUCUCUUCCAACUGUAAACAAUUUCCCUCAACAACUCGCUUCUAACGCCAUCUUUUGUUGUAACAUUUCCUCAACGCCAUUUUGAUUGUUUUCUUAUCAUUUGAUUGAAGUUUUAUUUCAUUUAACCAAUUGUUUUACCUUCAUGGACUCAUUCAGAUUCAUUCUUGUCACAAUUUAUGUCUUUAAUUGCAUAUUUAAUUACCUAUUCUCACUAGAUUCUGCUUAAUCACAACUUUACAUUGACUGAUUGUUUUCGAAUCUCUGCGCAUACUCUAUUUUUCCCCCUUUUUAACUCUCUUUUGCUUUUCCCUCUUCUUGUUUCCAUUUGCUUCUUCUUUUCAUUUGGUUCUGCUACAUCGUACCUGAAAGAUGGAAACUUCAGUUAAUUCAGCUUCUCCUUUGCCAUCAACAAAAAUAGUCAACAAUAUUCAUUCAACUAUCAAGACAAAACUCUCUUCCUUAAGCGACUCCUUCAAAUGUCAACUUUGUGGAGGUUACAUCAUUAAUGCAACAACGAUUAACGAAUGUUUACAUUCAUUUUGCCGAUCUUGUAUUGUGAAGCAUUUCAAUUGUAAUCAUGAUUGCCCAAAGUGUGGAUUAAAAUUCAGUGAAACAAGUAAAUGGGAAACACUUCGGAUGGAUUCCAUGCUUCAGUCAUUAAUCUACAAACUUAUUCCAGGAUUGUUCAGAUCAGAGAUGAAGUUGAGAAAAGAGUUUCAUUCCAAAUCAAAUGACUCUCCUUGUGAUUAUUUUGAUGAACAGAAAGUUUAUUACCAAUUGGAUGAAAAGAUAAGUGUGGUUCUUAUGUAUUCAAAAUACUCUAAUGAUAAAAGUAAGAAGACGAUUGGAUCGAGUAAAACAUCGACAUCAAACUCAACUUCGACAACAUCAAGUGAUGAACAUCGAUACCUUUUGUGUCCAGCAGGAUUCCCAAUUGGAUCAUUAAAGAAGUUCAUUUGUUUAAAAUAUGAACUUUCUUCUUGUUUCAAAGUGGAUAUAAUGUUUGAUGAUAAGAUACUUGAUGAUGACCUGCAAUUACUGGAUAUUGUUUACAUUUAUUCAACGCAACAACCAAUUCCUUUACAUUUCAAAUUGAACAACUUUGCAGUUCACAAAAAUAAUCAAACAACAACAACUUCAAAGAGUCAAAUUAAUGCGAUCAAAAAGUCAAUGCAUAAUCAUUCAUUAGCAUCACCAAGCUCGACAUCACUUACAUCAUCUUCAUCUUCAUCAUCAACAAAAACAUCAACAUCAACAUCAGCGUCUUCUCUCAAUUUUCACAUGAAAACAACAACAACUACCUCUACAGCUUCAACAAAUACACCUAAUAAUGGAAACGCCAAAAAUGAUGUUAAAAAUGAUAACACAACUUUGAAAUCAGUUGCAGUGCAAUCUUCAUCAGUUAUUACAUGUGCCACUUCACCCAUGAAUCCAGUUUCGUCCUCAACAUCAACUGUUGCACCAACUCGAAACUCUCCGAGUCUAUCGUCACAAAAUAUUGACAAGAAUCAACUCGAAAGAAGUCAAUUGAUGAAUGAAAGGGAAAAACAAGCGAUGCAUUCAGUUUCUAGUUCCAUUAAAUCUUCAGACACUAAACGUUUCAUUAAACCCAAAGUGAUCAACACUAAAUUGGCUCCAAUGGUGAAUCAAAUCAAUUUAAAGCGAUCGACAACUUCAGUGUUGCCUUGUUCAACUCAAGUAACUACAGUUACAUUAAACAAACAAUCAAAACCAUCGUCAGUCAAGACGAAUAAACAAUCAAAUAUGUUUGUGAAGUCUGUUGAAUUAACGAACAGGGAAACGGAUAAAAGAUUCAUAAAUGGUUAUGAUAACAUUGGAUUGACUCCGAUCAGCUGUUCUCAUUCUACACCUAAAGUUACAUCAACUAACACUGUAUCUUCAACACCUUCAGUGUCGAUAACUGCAACAACAAUGAUUACAACAACUUCGCAUGGCGCUAAAAACAAUUUCAUCUCGAAGCACUUGAGCCAAAUGAACAAUGAAAGUGAGAAGCGAAAAGAAUCUGAUUGCAAAUCCGAUAAAUCAGAAGCACCUCGUAAACAGAUGAAAGUAUCUCAAGUCAAUGAUAAAAUGAAUUCACAGUUGUCAGUAACUUCAUCUAACCAGAACGAUUCAUCAAAAUCACCAUCAGCACCGACAAGCCCAAAAGCAUCUUCCACUCAAAUCAAUACUAUUGAUAAAGCAGCUUCUAAUAAUGUCGUGAACAAAAUAACACGAGAUGUCAAUGAAAAUUGUAAGACUUCACAUUCAGUUGGAACAUCAAUUUCACCCAAUAAUUCACAAACCUCUGUGAACGCACCUAAAAGUGUUCCAUCCUCCGUUAUAACAGCUGGAAAUUCAAAUGUGUCCAAUUCUAAGUCUAAUAAUAAUCAAUCAACUAACAGUGAAGUUAAGAGCAAUGGUCUUAGGGUUGAUGAUAAAGUAGUAAAGUCAUCAAAUGCAAUAAAAGCACCUUCAGUUAGUUCAUCACAAGCAUCAACAGUAACUUCAAAAUCACUUUCAUCUUCUUCUUCAUCUUCAUCACCACAUUUAGUUAUAGCACCUUCACCAUCACCGUCUACUUCAUCAUCAUCACCUUCACCUAAAUUAUCAUCGACUUCAACUUCUGUAAGUUCAUCAAAACCAUCAACAAUAUCAACAUCGACUUCAUCUUCAUCUUCAUGUACAUCAACCCCAACUUCAACAAAAGUUGUAUCUUCAUCCUUUUAUCCCACAUCUACCUCAACUUCAACAUCGACAUCAAUAAGUCGUUUAAUGAAUAAUCAACAGCAAAAGGUAAAACAAUCAGGUCAAGGUGAUAAACGUCAACGAGAAUCACCAAGUUCAUCAUCACCUGGUAAUGUAACUGAUAAUAGACCGUCAAAGAUGGUAAAAAUAUCAAAGAAUCAAACAUUAAAUAGUCAACAUAAAAACUUGCAGAUUCAACAACAACAGCAACAGCAGCAGCAGAAGCAGCAGCAUCAACAACUACAACAACAAUAUAAGUUACAUCAACAAAUGAUUGGGAAUCAUGAUCAAUUAACUAAUGAUAGUGUUUUCAAUGUGAAGGCUCUGAUUGCCGAUGAAAAGGAAGCUGCACUCAACAAAAACUCACCACAAACUGGAUUCACUUUAAAAUCAAUGCCUGUUGACCUUCGUAAUCCUCGAAAUAUCAACAAAUCUGGAGGACUUCAUGCAAUCCCUUCAGGUCCAUUCCAACACUUCCAUCACUUUGCUAAUCCAUCUUCAGUUCUAGUUCCAAUUGCUACUGGAAGCUCAGGACAUUCACCUGGACCAUAUCAUGAGUCGUCAUUUCCUCACUUGAAGUACUUGGAGUAUACAAAGUUUAUGGGCGAAGCUUUAAUGCAACAUUUUCAACAAGCAAAUAAUGCUUCAUUUGGUAUUAAUCUCAACCUUAACGGUAAUAUCAAUGGCAAUGUUAAUGGAAAUGUUAAUGUUAAUGGUAAAUCAAUUACUAACACUGAAGGCGAACGGGUCAAAGGUUUCUAUAAGGAAACCUUGUGUAACAGUCCAAAUCGUGAAAAUGGUACAAAAAACGAUAAAAAUUGAUUGACUUUGUAUUUAUUGAUAUUAUUGUAUUAAAAAGCAUGUUUAAACCUUAGAUUAUAUAUCAACCAACAUAUAUAAGAUAAAUAAUAAAUUAUUGAAUCA